AUGGUAGCCACAACAGAUCAAUUAUCCAGGUACGAUAUUUUGCUAAAGAAAUUUUCUGAACUGACACAGAGCGAUUACUCCACAGCCUUUCUCAAGCACAACGUUACACACCAUAUUGUAACUAAAGGUCCACCGGUCUCAGCAAAACCACGUCGUUUAGAUCCAGCUAAAAUGCAAAUAGCAAAAGCAGAAUUCAACAGAUUAUUGGAUCUAGGAAUAAUACGACCGUCAAACAGCCCAUGGUCAUCACCACUGCAUAUGGUACCAAAGAAAAACUCAACAGAGAUACGACCAUGUGGAGAUUACCGAGCUUUAAAUAAGCAGACGAUAGCAGAUAGAUACCCAAUUCCGCACAUCCACGAUUUUUUCCAUAACAUGGCAGGUGCUCAGAUAUUUUCCAAAAUUGACCUCGUUCGUGCAUACUACCAUAUACCGGUCGAGCCCAAGGACAUCCCCAAAACGGCGGUGACCACUCCUUUUGGCUUAUUCGAGUUCGUCAGCCUACCAUUUGGCUUGACUAACGCAGCUCAAACAUUUCAGAGAUUCAUUGACCAGGUAUUGCACGGCAUCCCAUUCACUUACGCUUAUAUCGAUGAUGAACUGGUUGCAAGUAAAUCCCCUGAGGAGCACCAACAUCACUUAAAAACACUCUUUAAACGUUUAGCCGAAUAUGGAAUUGUCAUUAAACCAAGUAAAUGUGAAUUCGGUAAGAAAACUAUAAAAUUUUUGGGACAUCAGGUAGACAAUCAAGGCAUUCGACCAAUAGCAGAACAGCUGCAAGUCAUAAAAGAAUACCCGAUUCCAGAUUCCUUCAAAAAGUUACGCAGAUUUCUGGGUCUCGUCAAUUUUUAUCGCCGUUUCAUUCCUCACUGUGCACAGCUGGCCCAACCUCUGACAGAUUUACUAAAAGGUCAUGCAAAAUCGCUGCACAUGAGUACUUCAGCAAUCGAGGCAUUUGAAAAGCUGAAACAAACUCUAAGCUCAGGAACUUUACUAGUACGUCGUGACGUCAACGCUCCUAUAGCGAUUAUGACAGAUGCAUCAGAUGUCGCCGUCGGUGCAGUUCUUCAACAAUUUUCUGCUGGGAAAUGGCAACCUCUCUCCUUUUUCUCCAAACGUCUAGACGCCACUCAAUCAAGAUAUAGUGCAUUCAGUAGAGAAUUACUAGCAGUCUAUCUUGCUGUUAAACAUUUUCGUCAUAUGGUAGAAGGAAUACCGUUUACCAUCUACACAGACCACAAACCACUAACCAAGGCCAUGAAUGCAAAGCACGACAAGUACUCGCCAAGAGAACUCCGACACCUCGAGUUCAUUUCUCAGUUCACUUCAGAUAUUAGAUUCAUCAAAGGACAUAAAAACGAGGUAGCAGAUGCGUUAUCCCGCAUCCAUAUAAAUACCUUAGAAAAAGACCAGUUUGAUCUUAAAAAUAUGGCUAGACUGCAAACUAUGGACGAGGAUCUGAAAAGAAUAAAAAAUAGCACGAGUACUUCCUUACGUUUGCAAGAUGUUAUGCUUGAUGAAGGCCUAAUUAUUACGUGUGAUGUUUCCAAAGGUAAACCACGCCCUUUUGUCCCACUAGAAAUGCGAAGAUCAGUUUUUUCCGAAGUACAUGGCAUUUCUCACCCUGGCAUCCGAGCAACAGUUAAACUGAUAAGUGACCGAUAUGUAUGGCCGAAUAUGAAUCGGGAGAUUAAACAGUGGGCCAGAUCAUGUUUAGCCUGCCAAAAGUCAAAAGUACAACGACAUACAGUUUCGCCUAAUGGACAGUUUCCAGAAUCUGAUGGUAGGUUCCAACACAUACACAUUGACAUCGUUGGGCCAUUACCACCAUCUAAUGGCUUUACGUACAUUUUAACGUGUAUUGACAGAUUUACGAGAUGGCCAGUAGCUUGUCCCUUACCUGAUAUUUCUGCUGAAACCGUUGCAAAGAGCAUCGUACAAAAUUGGAUUUCCAACUUCGGAGUGCCCACUAUUAUUACUACAGACAGAGGUUCCCAAUUCGAAAGCCAUUUAUUCCAACAACUCACAGAACUACUGGGAAUCAAACGUAUACGUACUACUGCAUAUCAUCCCAGUUCAAACGGCUUAGUGGAGAGAUUUCAUCGUCAACUGAAAGCAUCAUUGAUGGCAGUGAAGGACGAUGAUAAGUGGAGCGAUAAAUUACCUCUUGUACUUCUUGGAAUACGUUCGACAAUAAAACAAGAUAUCAAAUGUUGUCCAGCAGAAUUAGUUUAUGGAACUACUUUACGACUACCUGGAGAAUAUUUCAACCCAGCCACUGAAGUUCCAACUGACGAAACUACUUUUGUACAACAACUGAGACAACAUAUGAGCCUUUUAAGAUAUCACCCACCGCGACAUCAGCUCAACCAAGCAUACAUGCCUGAAAAACUAGAAAAUUGCACGCAUGUUUUCAUACGACACGACGGUGUAAGGAAACCACUUCAACCACCUUAUGACGGACCAUUCAAAGUAAUAAGCAGAACAAGCAAAAUCAUCACUGUCGAACGCGGAGGAAAACACGAGAUUGUAAGCAUCGAUCGAGUAGAACCAGCUUUCAUGGAAAUAGAGGUGACUGAAUGUUUACCCAAGUCAUCUUUUUUUUUUAAAAUCACGCCACAAAAUGAUUCCUGCUCUCAAGAUUCAAAAUCUGAUGAUAUUCCGUCUAACAAAACAGAAAGAAUCACAAGAUCAGGCAGACGAGUACAUUGGCCACAAAGAUUUGUACAGACAAUUUAUUUCUAA